AUAGAGGGGGAGAAAGAAAUAAUUAUAUAUAUAUUUAUAUGUGUGUGUCUGUGUGUGUCUGUGUGUGUGUGUGAGAGAGAGAGAGAGAGCGAGAGAGGGGGGGAGAAAUAGGGGUGGCUGUUGAAAACAGACAGCGGUAAUGUAUGUGCACCGAGCGGCGGACUGAUGCACAAUAGAGCAUCGCACACACCGUGUUUAAUUGCGGAUUAGAGCAGGGGGAGGAGGAGGAGAGAGGAGGAGGAGGAGGAGGAGGUGAGGGGGGGAGAGCACAACAAGGAAGGCAAGGAGACGCUCUUUAUUAUUAGGAGAAAAGCGGAGGGGGGAGACACAGACAGCGUGAGCCCGGAGACGGCACAGACCGUGGCGGGGGUGACGGGAGAGAGGAGGACACCGAUACCGACAGUCGGCGGCGUCGCUCGGAUGGUGUUGUUGUUGCUCCGGACGCGGCGACGAUGCGGCCACACUGCUGGGUGAUGGUAGCGCUGGCGGGGAUCAUGUCGUACUUCAGCCCGGAGAGAGCGCUCGGAGCCCCGCAGAGGGAAGUUUCUCAAACCAGGGCUGCAUCCCUCUCUCCUCCACCCUACGUCGUCAUCCUCAUCUCUUGCUCGGGGCUCGUCUCCUUUGUCCUGCUGCUCCUGACCUGCCUGUGCUGCAAGAGAGGAGGAGUGGGGUUCAAUGUAAGUCUUAAACAUGAGUUUGACAAUGCAGACGGGGAGGAAUGCUCUGGAGGCUCCAGUCCCAUCCAGGAGGACAGCCUGUCGUCAUGUCCCUCCCUCCCUGAGGUCUACACCUUGCCAGUCAGAGACAGGCCCAACUGCCCCGCCCUGCAGGAUGGAGCAGACUCAAAGUCUCAGUGCUUUAAAAGACACACUUUAAACUAUCUUCAGGAGAUAGGAAAUGGCUGGUUCGGAAAGGUGAUCCUGGCUGAAGUGCUGUGUGACUGCAGCUCCUCUCAGGCUGUGGUGAAGGAGCUGCGUGUCAGUGCCAGCCCUCUGGAGCAGAGGAAGUUCUUGGCCGAGUCUGAGCCGUACAGGAGCCUUAAGCAUCCCAACAUCCUUCAGUGUUUGGGGCAGUGCAGUGAGAGCAUCCCCUUCCUUCUGGUUAUGGAGUUCUGUCAGCUGGGUGACCUGAAGAGGUAUCUGAGAGCCCAGCGCAAGUCAGACGGGAUGACCCCCGACCUGCCGACCAGGGACCUCUUGACUCUUCAGAGAAUGGCUUUUGAGAUCACCUCUGGUCUGCUGCAUCUUCAUGAAAACAACUACAUCCACAGUGAUCUGGCUUUAAGAAACUGCCUGCUGACCUCAGACCUCACUGUUAGGAUAGGUGACUACGGCCUUUCACAUAACCAUUACAAGGAGGACUAUUACCUAACUCCAGACAAGCUGUGGAUCCCACUACGCUGGAUAGCUCCUGAGCUGCUGGAGGAGUACAGAGGAUCUCUUAUUGUCACUGACCAAACCAAGACCAGCAAUGUGUGGUCCUUGGGGGUGGUUAUUUGGGAGCUGUUUGAGUUUGGCUCUCAGCCCCACAGACACCUGAGCGACGAAGAGGUGCUGACCUUCGUCAUUAGGGAGAGACAGAUCACCCUGGCCCAGCCCAGACUGAAACUCUCCCAUGCAGACUACUGGUAUGAGAUCAUGCAGUCCUGCUGGCUACCUCCAUCUCAACGCCCUUCUGUAGCGGAGAUAUUCCUCCUCCUCUCCUCCCUCCUGGCUGCUGAGCGAGGAAUGGUGAGGGGGAGUGUGGGCGAAGAAGAUGAAGAGGAUGAGGAAUAUGAGGAGGGCAGAGGAAGGAGAGGGGAGAGCGAGGAGUCAUUUGAAAGACGCUGGGACUUACUCCGUCCACCUGCCUUCCAGACUGCAGCAAAUGAGCGACAAAGGGAGAGAGAGUACGGCAGGGAAGACAGAGACAACUCCUACCCCCUGCUGGACCCUGUGGGGAACUGUAUCACCCCGUCCUCGUCUGAACUGGACGACAUCUUGACGGUCACCGAAACCAGCAAAGGCUUGAACUUUGAGUAUUUCUGGGAAAAGGCUCACGCCAGACGAGGCUACAAACCUCUUCCUCCUCCUCAGCCAAUCCCGACUGUGAACAAUAACCACAGACAGUCUUUGGACACUCCCACUGUGGUCCCCGUGAUAAGCGCCCGCAGCCCCUCCCUUGCCAGCGAGUACUACAUCAGAUUAGAGGAGCACACCCCCCAGGACAAGUCGCCAACUCUCAAAGGGAAGAUGCAGUCCUCGUUCCGCUCUGACUCGAUCUGCCCUGGAGACAUGGAGCUGGUGGAGAUUCGUAGUGGCAUGCUGGGAAAAGAACGAGUCCCUUAUUGCUCUUCUGAUAAGUGUGGAAAGGGCCUCCAGACCAUCAGAUCAAGCGAGGUUCAACUCCAGGUGCCCAACACAGGCGUGGCUGAAUUCAGAGACACUUCGUGCAGAGUGACAGACUUCUCAGUAGUCGAUUUGGGAGACGAUGAUGAAGAGGAGAAGAAAAGGAGCAGUGAGGCAGAUAAAAAGUCCUCGAUGAGUUCUCAAGCUCCGGUCCUUCCUCCGAAGCCUCGCUCUAUGUCCAUGUCAUCAGCCAACCACCUCCACUCGCGCCCCCUCCCUGCCCCUCCACUUGGUUAUAGAGGACUGCCUCACUACACCAUCAGUGGAAAAAUCGAAACAGACCCACAUCACAUGAGUAGCUGUCCGCCUUCUACCUUUGAUCACCUGGGGCUCCAUCGGUCCCGACAGACUCUGCCACCAUCCCCAUCCCUCUCCCCCUCCCUUCCCCCAUCGAGCCAUCCAAUUUACCCCCAACCUCCUCAAAUGUGCCCCCCACCCCUGCCUCCUCAUACCAAACCACAAAGAAGCUGCCCCAGCUAUAACACAGCAGACAAUUAUUUAAGAUACAGUAAGCCACAGAUGCAGAGAUCCAGUAGAGACCCACUAUCCUGUGACCUGUCUGACAGAGAGGGUGGUAGCAGGCAUUUAGCAUCAUUGCACAACUCAAGAGAGACCUCUCAUUCUCGUGCAAAAGACUUUGACUCUCCUGUUCGUCGAGAAAACCCAUUGCGCCCAAUUUAUCGCAAUUUACCCCGCCCUCAGCCCACAAACCCCUCGCUUGACAGACAGUCUUCAUCCAGUCCCACCUACUCAGAUGAGGAUGACUCUCCCUUCAUGUCCCCUGAGAGAACCAGCGGUGGGACUACUGUCGCUCACUCCAGCCUAUCUGAAGACGCAGACCCAGCCUGCGCUGAGUUCUUCUCCAGGGGAAUGAAAAGGACCCAGUCACGCCUUGACACCAUCCUUCCUGCCAUUUGGAGGGAAGACGCUGAACUUCACGCAGAACGUGUGGCCGCUGCCAAGAAAUCCCCCAUGCAUCUGUUUCUGACAGAGAUAUCUAGUGUGACAGAGUCUAGUGAGUCCAAGUCAGAGGCUUCAUGGGAGGGAGACAAGGAGGAGAAAAGAGACGGAGAGAGAUGGGGGAACUUUGUGCUGCCCAACAGAGGGAUGCGCCGUUCCCAGUCGCUGAUCACAGAGCUGGGGUCAGCAGGACAGUCAUGGGUGCCAGAGAAACGGGCAGGAGCUCAGGAGGACGCUACUGUAACUAAAGAAUCAUUCCAGAGGGAUCUUUUCCUCACAGAGAUCGACACAGGAAGGAUGGAAACGAAUCCAGAGGGAGGAUCAGAAAGUGAUCCAGUAAAAUACCUCUAUCCUGCAGGAUCCAGAUUGCGGCCCUAUGUCUGUGCUCCAGGCCUUCCCUCUUACACUGAGGCUGAGGAAGCAUAUUCAAAGGGUAUACGGAGAUCUCGCUCUCUCCUCUCUGAGAUCACCAUGGGGAAGCAGGAGUCAGACCAGCAGCAGACUGAGAAGGAGCCUCGGAAAACAGAGAUGACCAGGGAGGAGUUCCUGAAGGAGAUCCAAUCAGCAGAGACUUUCCUGACUGAAAUCAUAUCGAGACAAAACGCCACGGCAAACAGAAAAGAAGCGGACUCAUCUUACUCCCCUACACCGCUGUCUCCUGAAUACGAGUCCAUAUGUAUUGACCCAAGCUCCGCUCAGACCAUCAGAUUUCAGACAGAGAGCUCCGUACGAGCAUCCAACAAAGGCAACCAUGAAACACAAACUGAGGCCAUCUACGCCCAAGUGACCAAGCGCGCUAAAAAGGGUGAGGUAAAGGUUUCUAUGAAGCCUGAGAUCCCAGUCCUUCAUAUAGGGCCAAAUAAACAAGCUCCCAAACUGGACAGCGAAGGAAACAGUGCUGACCACUGCCAAUCUGGCGAGUUUGUGUUUUCAGAAAUCAUGCCCAAAAAUGGUCUCCUGCACAACCAAACACUUGCAUGUGAGAAAGAAGAGGAGGAGAGCGCAGAUGGACCUGCCUUACCUGCCAGAGGAGAGCAAACAGAUCUCUUGGAGCACUCUCCUUCUGAGUCCACUCAAAGUGUUAAAGAUUCUAACACUGUGCUACAGCGUGAGAACAAAACGCUAACCACAAAUGAAGCAGAUACUCAAAAGGCUGCUGUAAUAGGGAAUGGUGAAUUAAUGAAAGAAGGCCUACAGGCCAGCAGCCCCAAGAGACGGGAUCAAACAUGUGGCGAGACCGAUACCACAUCAUGUGAGCCUGACAAAGAACAGAGCCAUUCUGAUAAGGUUUCUUCAGUGGACUCUGAAUGUAUCACGACAGCUGAUUUAGAAAAUGUGGGUUCUCAAAAUAGCGAUGAGACUAAAAGAGAAAAUUCACUUCAACACAAUGACACCGGGCAAGAAAAACACUGUCAUGUUGCUGAAAAGGUGCCCACUCCUGCUGCCACUCCAACCACUCCAGAUUGGGACCCAUCCUCUGAUGUCUCACUUAUCACCCCCACCGACUCGGUCCUGUCACCUAUGACUUCAAACUCAGCCGACUGUCUCACACCUAGUGACUCAUGGACGAGCAGUGGAGGAGGAGGAGGAGUGGGAAGCGGUGGGUGGCGAGCUCUGGGAAAUGAAACACCACAUCGAGACUCUGCCUAUUUCUCAGACAGUGACUGGGAGGGGGACGGGAUGAACAGAAGGAGCAGUGAUGGACUGGUUGCCUCCAGGCCGAGCAGUGGUCGAGGAGGGGAUCGGGGAACACUGACAGGGAUAGAGGAAAAAACUGAGGAGGAGGGAGAAAUGGGAGAAAAGAGCCCCUUAAGAAAUAGUUUACAGAUGUCGGAUAAAGGUAAAACUAUUGAGGAAAUGAGUACUCUGCAUCAGCAUGCGCCAGAAAAUGCCGUCUCUCAUUUAGGUGAUGACAAAGACAUUUUAAACAAAGGGCUGGAGUCAACACAGAGAGACGAUUCUGGCAUUUUCCAAAACGAGAGCAUAAAGUCAACGCUGCUGUGUGAUGACCCGCAGGCCAAGGACUGUGUUGACUUAAUAGAUAAGUUGUUCUCAAAAUUAGAUGAUGAGCCACUGAAAGGGCUCCCACACAGCGGUGGGUAUCCGAUAGACAACCACUACACAGAUGGCAUCAUCUCUCAGAUAACAGAUUGCAAAUACCAGGGCGCUGCAGAGAACGAUUUAAAUCGACAUUCCAAGAGCCUCGCUGAGACAAACAUUUUGAUCGAGUCUAUGUCUGGCAGCCAUUCAAAGGAUUGUUUGUUAAGGCCAGGCAACAAAGAUUACACAAGUGGUACAGAGAGGGAUAUUGAUCUCUCUGCACUGAACUCCCUCAAAUGUAGAAAUGACACUGUGGAAUCAGUGACACCUUCCCAAGCUGACAACAGAGAGUCAAGAUUAUCUAAACUAUACGGUGUCCAAACCAGUGACGCCACACUCAGCGGUGAAACCCCGUCAGUAGUUGAGCCAAGUGAUGAUGGGAAGUCUGUAUAUGGUAAAGUUAGUGGUCUGACGUGUCCUUCUUGGGCUGAGGAGGCUGAAGAGGCUGAGAGACAUGAAGACAGACCCAGUCUGGACCACAACGAGCUGGGUCUGAGAAACCUGCGCUGCUCAGAUGGCAGCGAAGACAAGAAGGUCACGACAGAGACGGAGAAACAACUAGCUGCUGCAGAGCUGCGUAAUGCCAUGAAGGAAAAGUCGCCCAUGAGAGGAGCAGCAAGUCGGACGGACUCUGCUGACAUCAUGGAUAAAGACUCCUGUGAGGGCCUGGACGUGAAGACUAAAGAGUUAUGGAGCGCUAUGGAUGAGGAUGAGGAACGUGCAGGAUCUGGAGUCAUUAGGGGAGAGUUUGACUGCCACCGUUUUUCACAGUCUAGAGACUUACGUUUGUGGCCUGAUGAAAAUGAUCAGUGGGCCUCUCCAGAGAGGAGGUGCCAAGACGAACUGAAAUCUGAAUUUUUCUCUGGGUUCAGUAAUAAGGCCUGGGAGGUGGGGGAAAGGCUUGUUGUAGGUCAGGAGUUUUGGGAGACUGAAGAAAAUGAUGAACUUGCAGGAAGUGAACCACACCCUGCGGUCUUGGAGGGCUGCGAAGAAACCUGGAAUGAUGAAACACAAGGACUCGCCGGUAAUCUUGCCAUGAAGGAAAAGUGGGACUCUGCAGUUUCUAAUGACCAACAAGCUCCCCAAGUAGUAGACGUACAACAGGAGGAAAACAUUGAGAACCUAGUAGAAAUUGGCAGUUUCAACGAAGACCUGAAAAGAGAAAUCUCAGAUAUUGAAGUAGAGAAUAUAGAAAUCCCAGAGCAGGAGUCCUUGGAGGAAGCAGAGAGGCAGAUUUUGUCAUGCACAGAGACAGGAAGGGACAGGGAAGGUCUGCUAGACUCCACAGAGACAGAGGAAAAUCAAAACUUUAACAGAUGGCCUCAGAAUCACCUCUGCAAGAUCCAAAAAGAGGGACAGACAUCAGCCGAGCGUGUUGACAAAGGCUCAAAUUUAGAGAACUGUUUCAGUCACACUUUAGAGAGUUCAAACAUAUCUAUUUGCAUCACUGAAGCUCCUCAUGAGAACUUUUCAGACCUGGAAAAUGUUGAAUCAGGCGCAGAGUCAGAGGCUGAAAUGAAACCAUGGCUUUCUAGGCAAUUUAUAGAAGACAGAGUGAGCAUUAUAAAUGAAGAAGAGGAUUUCAGAGACAUGCCCCUUCCACCCAAUCCCAUCUCUUGUCCCAGUGACCUUGAUAUGCAGGAGAUAGAUCCACAGGUGGACAAUUUCAGCUCAGUAGAUUUUCCUAGUCCUCCACCAAGCAUAGACCUUGAUGUGCAAGAUGAUAAAUUGGAGAGUUUAGACGACUCUUUUCCUAGCCCACCGCCAUCUGUUAUAGAGGCAGAGGAGUUUAUUAGUCACAUUAAUCUAGACGACUUUAUUGCUAGCACUGAGACGGAGCCGUAUAUUUCCCCAACUCACAACGCAGAUGUCUCAGAGCCACCUCUGCAAGAAUCACCACCUGCUACAACUCAGAGUAAAGGGAUCUCAGCCAAUCUGAACCUCCCCUCUGUGCACAUAACACUGGUCGAUGAGAACAACCUCACACCCAGCACAGAACAACAGGAUGAACAUAAUAAUCUGUCACAGAAAACACCGCCUGCCACCCCAUCUUCACCCCAAGUUCCCCUCAACAAUCUCCCAGAGUUACUGAUUUCUGAGUGGAAAGAUCUGGACGAGGAGCCCCUGGAGGAUUUUGAAAAACUGGAACAACUGUGUUGCAUAUCUGGGGACGAGGAGGACUCUCUGGGUGACCUUUUUCUGGGGAACUUGGAGCUCCUGGAAUCUUUGAAGAAAUCACCUGAGCAGAAAGGCAGCAGUGGUGGCGAUAGUGAUACAGGUGAGGAGAUAGGUGGCUCCUCUAGUCCUGAGGGGAGCAGCGUGGAUUUGAAGGAGGACGGGAUCCCUGAGAACUCUGAUCAACCGGCAAAGUCUGCACCACAUGUGAUCAAGGAUCCUCAAGAGGAGAAGAAUGACGGGCAGAAAUCACCAAGCCAAACAUCUGAUGUCAAAGACCAGGGCUCUUUCUCUAAGAUGACAACAAAGAAUGGCCUCAUGAUGCAGGUGUGUGAGGAGAGGCUGCAGUUCUCGCUCAGUGAGAACGUGAAAACAAAUGUGCUCUGGGGGUCGACUGUUAAAGACACGGUGAUGCUGCGGCCCUGGGGGGAACAAAUCACAGAGAACAGCAGCGAGCUGGUCACUGUGGAAGAACAAAAAGAGGACGAAAGCCAAGAGGAGCAGGAAAGUCCCCCCAGCAUUCAGCCCGACACAGAGUCUGAUGAAACUAAAGCUGAGCCGCUCACUGUGAUUGAACAACCUGAGGUCACCACCCCUCAGCCUACUGCAAACCAGGCAAUGAAAGCAAAACUAGCUCGUCUGUCUCUCGCCCUCCCUCCUCUUGCUCUGAGUCUUCCCCUCACCGCCACUGGUAAAGGAGGAUUUGGGGAUGGUGCGAUUGGGAAUCGGAUCGGAAGACGGAGAGGUCUGUCCUCUGGAAGCGACCCUGACGAUGAGGAGGACGAUGAGCAGGAGGAUGAAAGCUCCCGGAGGGUGAUCGUUGUCACAGAAACAGACGUGGACAAACGUGUUGGGCUGAGGAGUCUGCUGAAAUCACCCAAGGAGCUGAUGGACAGAGAGAAGGACAGAGGGAGGAAUGUGUCCUUUUUUGAUGAUGUCACAAUCUAUCUUUUUGAUCAGGAAACUCCAACCAAUGAGUUGAGCAGUUCAGCGCCCACAAGUCCAGCCACAGUGUCAGUCAAAAGCACCAAGUUGGAUUUACGUGGGACCCGAAAUCGACGCCCAGAUGGGAGCAGCUCAAACUGGUCAAACAUCAAGAGCAAAGAAUCGAAAAGGAAAGAGGAUUUAUCAAUCAAACCAAGGUCGCCUGUGGGGGCCAAUCCAGUGACAUCAUCGCGCUUCACUGUCAGCCCUGCCAACGACCCCCACUUGGUGUGAUGUCACAUGACAUCGUGGGAACCUUUAGAGCUGAACCCUCUUGGACUGGCCAGUGAAUUAACCCCAACAACCAGCCAUUCACCCAGAGGCUAUUUUUU